GGGGGCACGGAGGUGGAGGGCUACUCCAAAACCGAAGGGGCCUGGGUCAUUUCCCUGAACAAACGGCAGUACAUGGUGACCAACGCGGCCGAGUGCGCCGAGAAAUGCAACACGGAAACCUCCUUCACCUGCAAGUCCUUCAUGUACGUGGAGAAGGAUCAGGAGUGCUGGACGGCCGCCUCCAACUCCAAAACGGAGGACAUCCUGCGGAGACGCAGCUCAGCUUUGUACGACAAAAACGAAUAUCUCCUGGAGUGCGUAAACGGGAUAGGAACAGAUUACAGAGGAACAAAGUCCAGAACGAAAACGGGAAAGGGGUGUCAGAGAUGGGAGGCAAGGUUCCCCCACAAGCCCAAGUAG